CAGCUGCCAGCCCCUGCGAGUGUCUUCCCCGCAUUUUAUCAAACGUUAUUGUCUCCCCUAGUCACAUCAUUCACAGCUGCCAGUGGCCGCGUGGGCGGCAUUCUCUGUGCCUCCUUGAGCACAACAACACAUCUUUGGGCCUUACCAUUGGCUUCAUGUUGCUGAAGCCAUACCCUGUCCGGGAUCAGCGUUUUCGUAUGCACCGAGGGCUGAAAGCACCAUGUCUUCUCAAGAACCCGAUAACGAUGCUACUCUCGAUUCAACCCUAGCAAGAAAGCGCAACAACUCUGAAGUAACCGAGUAUCCCCGAAGGCGCGCAACUAUAGCCUGCCAGAUCUGUCGUCUGCGGAAAACGAGAUGUAACGGAGCCCGCCCAAGAUGCCAGCUCUGCGUAGACCUAGAUGCAGACUGUGUUUAUCGUGAGCCAGGCAUCAAACUAGAUGCCGGUGACAAACUGAUUAUCGAGAAGCUGAACAGGAUAGAAGUCUUGCUUCAGUCGAAGUUUUCAGACCCCAUCAGCCAGUCUCCGCUGUCAUCGAAUUCUUCCACAGCUGCCAACCUUGUCCAAAUAGGUGGUGAUGAUGUUGUCAGUUUCGCCAACAUACCUACAAGGUCAAUCGCGGUGGGCCUUGGCUCAUGGGCAAAUCCACCGACGAGUAUCUCGACUAUGCCCAGAGUACAUACUACACCAGCUUUACACCUUCUACAAUGGCCAUUAAUCCGAGAAUUGGUCGCUGUCCCUUAUGAUCCUCAUACCCUUCUACAGUUAGAGAUGGCCCGUGAGCCACUUCGGCUCGAACCUCCCGUGAACCUAGAUGUAUCAAACGCACUUACCCACGCUCAACUUUUUUUCGAACGCGUAAAUGUUUGGUACGCUUGUGUCAACCCACUGACAUGGCCCCGCUAUUACAAGAAGGCUCUUUCUCUGGACUUCGAGGGAGGGCCGGAGAGUUGCGUCGUCCUUUUGGUUUUGGCACUGGGCAGUGCCAGCCAAUCUGGGAGUAUAUCGUGCCUUUCUGCAGAUGAAGAACUUCCAGGGCUACCAUAUUUUGCCGCAGCCUGGUCUCUUUUGCCGGCUGUCAUGACGCGCAAUUCGGUGCUCGCAGCGCAAUGUGUCAUAUUGGCAUCUGCAUAUCUAUUUUACAUGGUCAGGCCCCUCGAGGCGUGGACUCUACUAUCAAAUGCCAGUAUGAAGUUGCAGCUACUCCUAGGCAACCCCUCUCGUGUUCCAGGGCAAUGGAAGGAGCUCAGCACAAGAGUGUAUUGGAACACCUUACUAUUUGAAAGCGAUUUGCUUGCAGAACUAGACCUACCACACUCGGGUAUUGUGCAUUUUGAAGAGCUCGUCGAUCUCCCUGGGGGCUUUGAACUGGAAGAUGAAGAAGACGAAGAAGACGAAGGAAGCAUACAACUUGGAGAGAAGAUAGUAGAUGUGAUGAUAGGUCAGGAUGAGCUCUGGUAUUUCUUGGCUGAAAUAGCCCUAAGAAGGCUGCUCAACAGAGUCAGUCAUAUGAUCUACCAAAAAGACAGCAUCUUGACACUCGCAUCACUCGGUCCUAUCGCCUCAGAGCUAGAUUUCCAGCUUUCUCAAUGGUAUGAAAGCCUUCCUCAGCCUGUCCGCUUCCCUCUUGGGGGCCCGACAUCAAGCCCCAUUCAGACUGUUUUAAGGCUUCGCUACUUCGCCUGCCGUACAAUAAUUUACCGGCCUUACAUCCUGGCGGUCUUCCAGAAUGAGUAUGCAUGCGGUGACCCGACAGUAAAAGAUUGCUGCUUGCGGUGCUUGGAGGCGACAUUGAAUCAACUCGAGCAUAUAAGCAGACACCGUGAGGGCCACCUGCCGUACCUCUGGCAAGGUGCCCUUUCCAUGGUCUCACAGGCGUUGUUAAUCAUGGGGGCAACCAUGUCACCGACUCUCUCAUCACUAUUGCCUCCAGCGACUCAGCUAGACGGGAUCAUAUCUAACGUUAUAACGGAGGUUGGCAGGUAUGCGCGGCUUGCACCAAGCCUGAAGUUAUCUGCUGAGAUCAUUCGUGACGCGGAAAAGAGACGCCAAAUGUCCCUUGCGUCAGCAGCCAGGCGAGGUUGAAAGAGGUAUUCGACUUGCAGGUUCCAAAGCUUGCAUAU